AUGGCAUCAGCGAUGUGUGCCGAACGCUCCGCCCAUCUUUUCGCCACCGACGAGCGUUUCUGCAUCGAUAACGGAGCGAUGAUUGCGAGAGCGGGCGAACUGAUGCUUGCUGCCGGAAUGAAAUUCGACCUUCGAAAAACGACAAUCACCCAACGAUACCGUACCGAUCAGGUGCACGUUGAGUGGAGAGACUAG